AGAGAUUUGGAGAGAGAUAGAGUAGAGUGAGGAAGGAAGACUGUGAUAAGGCUCCCAGCCUCCCGCAACCAGACGGACUGUGCCAGUGGAGAGAGAGAGAGAGAGAGGCAGAGAAAGAGAAAGAGAGCGAGUGACUGGAGCUGAGUAUUCCUUGCUGUCGUGCUGUCUUUCUGUCCUGCUGAUAUAUCCUCUGUCAUUUACUGAGUCGUCCUUCCCAGUUUAGAUGAUGUCAUCGAAGCUCCUAUCCUGCGGUUGGCUGCAGCAGCUGCUGGUGGUGCUUCUGAAGCUCACCCUAUCCUUUGCUGGACCGACCAAUGGGACAGAGUGUACGGCCAGAGGUCCUGCCUCCUACAUCCUGGUAUUUACGGGUCACUGGAGCCCCCAGACUUUCCCUAAACAGUACCCACUGUUCCGACCCCCUGCACAGUGGUCCAAACUCAUAGCUAUCACUCACAAUGGGCAGCAUCGGCUGUUUCAGGAGGGGGCGCUGGCGAGUAUAGGGGUGCAGAACUUUGCUGAGGUGGGGGUAACUGUGGAGCUGGUGAAGGGGGCGAAGGAUGCCAGGAAGAGACGGGAGGUCGGUGCCAUGUACAGAACAGCGGGCAUCCCCACUGGCAUCGGACACAGCUCCACAGAACUGCUGCUGCAACCUCGGAGUCCACUGCUCUCUCUGAUGGUGAAGGUGAUCCCUAGCCCUGAUUGGUUUGUGGGAGUGGACAGUCUUAACCUCUGUGAGGGCGGCCAGUGGAAACAGGAAAUGACCCUUGACCUCCAACCCUUGGACUCUGGGACGGACAGCGGCUUCACUUUCUCUUCACCCAACUAUCCCACCGUCCCUCAGGAAAACAUCACACGGAUAACUUCCCAGAUGCCCAACCACCCAGCCAACUCCUUCUUCUACCCCCGUCUCACAGAGCUCCCGCCCAUAGCCUCCAUACGGCUGACCAGACAGAGCCGUUCAUCUGCCCGUCAAACUCCCAUGUCCAAUCACAUUCUGCCUCACCCUAUCCACCCUCAACGCUUCUCAGAGACACCAUUAGACUGUGAGGUGUCUAUGUGGUCGUCCUGGGGUCUGUGUUUGGGGCCCUGCUCCAGGGGAGGGGUCCGCCAUCGUACCCGCUACAUCCUCCUGCGGCCGGCUAACGCCGGAACACCCUGCCCCGAGCUGGAGGAACAGACCGAGUGCACACCACACAACUGUCUGAAGCGCCAGUGACCCCCGACAGAAUAGGGUGAAGUUGCCCCAAGACACUGAUUUAAAGUCCGUUUUAAGUUUAGGCCAGUAAGGUUAGGAUUCGGGACUGUAAGUUGAUCAUAGAUCUGUGCUUAGGGGGAACUUCUAAUUGGAGCCACACCCCUGGCAGUCUCCAUGGUAACACUGGGACUCAAACAUACACAGACCACAAUAAUGUAAGCAAUGGACUCUUUCACUGCAGAACGCACAAUCUCUAGACCCAAAUAAGUCUUAAGUGGCCGUGACUUGUUGGUGUGGUCUUUAUGGAGUACUCUGGCAAUCUAAAGACCAACUAGUCCUGACUUGUAUUGAGAAACUUUGUUGUUGACUGAUUGACAAGUACCCACAUGACAAAAGAGCACAAUGCCAUUACCGGUGGACAUGAGAGACAGACAACUAUGUAGAGGAUCUUCACUGGCACACACACACACACACACACACAUGCCCUUGUACACGAAUAAUACACUUUUACUUUGUGUAAACCGGGACAUUGAUUUACAUGGGAAUCCUAUACGAUGCUCAGCCAUCAUUCAACAUAACCACACAGACAGAUUUAUAAAUACCCAUUUCACAAGACACAACCGAUGAUGGCUCACUGUAGCCCAGUACCCCAUGUCAGAAAACCCUAGCCAAUAUGGAGCGAGGCGGUUUCAUAAAAGAAAAAGGGAUACAGGUUUAAAAAAACAAAACACUAAACAAGAGCAGUUAUAUCUGUUGUCUCUCUUAAUAUGUAGGACAUAUUUUGUAUAUACUGUAUGUUCUGUUGUAUCGUUGUAUCUUGUGUAACUCAUGAAAUAAAUAUGGAGGUGUUUUCUGUAAAUAGAAACUCCUGUGUUAUUUGGAGAGCCAAAAGGAGCCAAACAGUCUUAACAUGCUAGUCAUGUAAAAGCCUUGUCCAAAUGUGAAACUGCUGUCACACUGAAGAACACCCUUGAAUUAUGUCUAAUAGGAGUUCCAGUAAUCCACAACGACAUGAACUUAUUUGUGUCUUGUAUGCCAGAGUGUAAUUUUAACAAUAUUGAAACCUCUUUAUUGGUCUGGCCAAGGCCUUUGGCUACUAAAUAAAGACAUGGAGUCACUCAUAAAUAUCAUUAAACGACAUGGACAUUGAUACCGUGAAGGCUAUGUCAUAUCAACAGAAAUACAAGAGGGCAAAUCACUACACUCUUAAUGUUGAAUGAAGAAAUAAAUGCAUUUGUAGCAUUAUUCAAGUAAGUAGGCCUAAGCCUUGUUCAAGCCAGAAUGAUGUACAAAUACAACCACUGGAUAUGAUGCUAGUCUGUAGCGCUAUUCAAAGCUCAAUAAUUGAUCCAAAUAGUGCUGGCUGUAAACGUUUGAAAAAGUUUGAAAAACCUUGUACAUAAUAAACACUCUCCAUAGUCCAAUAA